CCCAAAUUCAAAGUCACUGCCAGAUAAUCCUUCAUUUGAUCGCUACAGAUCACAAUUCGUAUCUCUUUUCCACUCUUGCAAAAUCUCUCAUAUCAAUCAUGGUUAUCAAACAGAAUCCAACAAUCAAGCUCCAGAUCGGAGACGAAGUGAACGCCUGGGGUCACAAAUUCACCUGGACAGAUCGUCACAUCUCCGAGGAAACCUACAAAUACCGAAGAUACUCCUACGACGAGCUCGGCGAACAAGCGUAUAAAGCCCUGAUUCAACUCCGUACAUCCAAAGACCAAGACCUCUACGCGCUGUUCAAAGAGAACCGCGACCAACACCCGGUCCUCCAGAAAUUCUGGACCGAAGUCUCCUCGACGCCGGCUUGGGUGGACUGGGACGCAGUGGGUCGAGGUCAAGACGUCUUCAAUCGGUAUGGCAUGGCCAUCACGCUGGGUCUCGCCUACCAGUCGCUUCUCGGAGCAACGGGGAGUAACGGUCGAUCGGCCGAAACACUCUCUCGAACCGGCGGUUUCGAUCUGAAUUCCGUGCGGAGGAGAUUGAUGGAGACGACGCAAUUCAUCAUGCAGUGCACGGAGUCCGUCGCGAAUUUACGCCCGGAUGGUGACGGUUUCAUUUCCAUCUUGCGGGUUCGUUGGCUGCAUGCUGCCGUACGUCGGCGUAUUUUGGAUCUCGUCGCAACGCGGCCUUCGUAUUACUCGGUGGACGAGAAUGGCAUUCCCAUCAAUGAUAGUGACAGCAGGUACACUAUCGUGACCUUCUCCUCGACCGUCAUCUGGCAAUCCCUUCCACGUCUAGGUAUCCAUCUCAAGCCCCAAGAGAUUGAAGACUACCUCGCGUUGUGGCGCCUUAUCGCGUUCUACAUCGGCACUCCGCAUGACGAGUUCGCGCAGGCAGUGACGGCCAAAGCGACCUUGGAUUCGAUGUUGCUGUUCGAAUACGACCCGACAGAGACGUCCAAACGUCUGGCCCGCAAUAUCAUCCGUGGCCUAGAGAAUAAUCCGCCAGCGUACGCGUCGCGGUCGCUGCUGGAAACGUACACUCGCUGGUUGAACGGCGGUGAGCUCAGUGAUUCGCUGGGCAUCGGAAGGCCUCCGUGGUACUACUGGGUCAUCAUAUCCAGUCAAGUGGCCUUGACGUCUAUCGUGUAUAACUUGGCGAGAAACAUUCCCGCUGUCGACGGCUACCUGAGUCGUCAAUUUCGUCGAGACGUGUGGCGCGCAGUGCGGGAGAAAGAGCGCGGCGGGCUCGAUGUGCUUUCGCUCUUCACCUUCCGAUUGAUUCCGGAGCUUAGUGCGGCUGGCAAGAAGGUGGAACCAGAUGUUGUAGAGCGAGGUGCUGGCUUCGUUUUGACCGCAGAUAUGGUGGCGAUCCUGGUCGCGCUGGGAUGGGCAGCGGUUUUGGGUACGACAGUGGCAGCAGUGUGGCAUGUGAGCUCUUGAAUCAUUAGUCGCAAAGUGUGAUUGAAGCCUUAACUUUUACAGAUCAUGUCUAGAAAGCAUCAACAUUCAAAUAAACAUGGUCCAUGGAAUUGCUGGCGUCUGGUCCUGAUCAUUGAGCAUAAUUUGAUGGUGAGCAGACGAAUCCUGAGGGACUUGAACCGUGUUCCAAUCCUGGAUCCGCAUCGUGACGGGGUUGAAGAUCCGCGUGGUAUUCGGCGGCAGCGGCCUAAAUCCCCAAUUGCUCAAUCGCGAAUAUGUCGAGAGAAAUUCGU